GGGGUCAGGGGGAGAACGAAGCUUUGAGAUGGGGCGAGGGGGAGGGGAACACGGGGUGAGGCAGCUGGUGCCUGUAAAAGGGACGUGUGAGUCAGUCCCUCCCUCAUCCCCUCUCCCCGCCCCUACCCUGUCUUGUCGGUCCGCAGCUCCGCAGGUCACAGCGGGGCACCUGGAGGAGAGGAUGCCUAGGAGCCAGCCGCCGGGAGAGGUCCAGGUCGGGACCAUCCUGAACAUGGAAAAAGCCUGCCAAGAGCCUGAGGACCAGCCACAGAGCUCGCCCAAGGCGGAGGAGGAGCGGCCUCCUGUGGAACACUCUCCCGAAAAGUCGUCUCCGGAGGAGCCGUCUUCGGAGGAGCAAUCCUCGGAGGAGGAGUUCUUUCCUGAGGAACUCCUUCCUGAGCUCCUUCCUGAGAUGCUCGUGUCCGAGGAGCGCCCUCCUCAGGAACGCCUGUCUAGGAAGGACCUUUUUGAGGAGCGCCCUCCCAUGGAGCAGCCUCCUUGCGGAGUGGGCAAACAUAAGCUAGAAGAGGGAAGCUUUAAAGAGAGGCUGGCUCGCUCCCGCCCGCAAUUUAGAGGGGACAUACACGGCAGAAAUUUAAGCAAUGAGGAGAUGAUAAAGGUAGCAGAGGAGAUGGAAGAGAUGAAGCGAGUACGAAACAAAUUGAUGAUCAUGCAUUGGAAGGCAAGGCGGAACCGUCCUUAUCCUAUUUAAUGUGUUCGGCCUUUAAUUCUGUUUUGCCUGGUAUGAGUAUUAUCACCUGACCUUUGUUUGCUUUUUCACAUAUACCUUACCCCGUCUUCCUAAUCUUAACUUUGCGUGGCUUUAUUUGAGGUGUUUUGCUUGUAACUGGCAUAAAAUUGCCCCCCCAUCUGCAAGUCCCCCUCUUUCAAUCAUAAGUCUUCUCCAUUUGCAUGGAAAAGAUGUACAUUAUAUAUUAUGAAGUGAAAAAAGCAAUUUUCAGAAAGUGUAUGUAGUAUCCCCUUUUUGUAAAAAAGUAUAUUUAUAUAUUAAUAUGAAAUGAAAAAACUGAAAGUAUAUACUUCAAAGGCUUAACAGUGGCUAUCUGUGGUAAGAUAACAGGUGACUUGUUUGUUUUUCAUUUUUGCUGCAUCUGAAUUUCUCAUUUUUUCAAGAUGAACACAUUUUACAUGUGUUGCAAAAAAAACCCAAUAUAAUAGAAAAAUUGUAAAGCAAUUUAAAAAUAAUGUCAAUCAGCUUAUAAAGAUAAUGUGGCACUUAAUAAAUACUUGACAGAACUUAAA